AUGUCCCAACACAUCACCAUCAUGCCCGGUGGUACCAUCUCUGCGGCCGACCGCGUGGAGGCCCCCGUCACGGUCAAGGCUUACCUUGCCUGUGCCUUCGCUGCCUUUGGUGGUAUCUUCUUCGGUUUCGACUCUGGUUACAUUUCCGGUGUCAUGGGUAUGGACUAUGUGAUCCACCAGUUCACUGGCAUCCCGAUUCCUGGCCCCGACGCCUCCGCCGAGGAGGUCGCCGCCUUUGUCCUCCCCUCGUGGAUGCAGUCGCUCAUUACUUCGAUUCUCUCCGCCGGUACCUUCAUUGGUGCCAUUGUCGCUGGUGACCUCGCCGACUACUUUGGCCGUCGCACCACCAUCAUUGCCGGUUGCGCCAUCUUCUGCGCCGGUAUCUGCUUCCAGGUCGCCACCACUGGCUACCAGAUCCUUGUCGUCGGUCGUGCCAUUGCCGGUGUCGGUGUCGGUUUCGUCUCGGCCAUCAUCAUUCUUUACAUGUCCGAGAUCGCUCCCCGCAAGGUCCGUGGUGCUCUCGUCUCUGGCUACCAGUUCUGCAUCACCAUUGGUCUCCUCCUCGCCUCGUGCGUCGACUACGCCACCCAGGACCGCAUGGACUCUGGUUCGUACCGCAUCCCCAUCGGCAUCCAGUUCGCCUGGGCCAUCAUCCUCGCCGGUGGUCUCUUCAUGCUCCCCGAGUCGCCCCGUUACUUCGUCAAGAAGGGCCGUGUCGACAAGGCCGCCCAGGCUCUCGCCCGUAUCCGUGGCCAGCCCGAGGACUCGGAGUACAUCCAGUCCGAGCUCGCCGAGGUCGUUGCCAACUUUGAGUACGAGCGCUCGCUCAUCCCCGCCGACUCGUACUUUGCCUCGUGGGCUGCCUGCUUCAAGGGUGGUCUCAAGCGCCCCAACUCGAACCUCCGUCUCACCAUUCUCGGCACUUCGAUGCAGAUGAUGCAGCAGUGGACCGGUGUCAACUUCAUCUUCUACUUCGGUACCGUCUUCUUCAAGUCGCUCGGCACCAUCACCAACCCCUUCCUCAUGUCGCUCAUUACCACCCUCGUCAACGUCUGCUCGACCCCCAUUUCGUUCUGGACCAUUGAGCGCUUCGGUCGUCGCCCUCUUCUCAUCUGGGGUGCCCUUGGCAUGCUCAUCUGCGAGUUCAUCGUCGGCAUCAUCGGUACCGCCAAGCCCAACGACACUACCGUUGCCAAGGUCCAGAUCGCCUUCAUCUGUAUCUACAUCUUCUUCUUUGCCUCGACCUGGGGCCCUGGCGCCUGGGUCGUCAUUGGCGAGAUCUUCCCCAUCCCCAUCCGUGCCCGUGGUGUCGCUCUCUCGACCGCCUCCAACUGGCUCUGGAACUGCAUCAUCGCCGUCAUCACCCCUUACCUUGUCGACACCGACCGUGCCAACAUGGGCUCCAAGGUCUUCUUCCUCUGGGGUGGUCUCUGCUGCUGUUGCUUCGUCUACGCCUACCUCCUCGUCUGGGAGACCAAGGGUCUCACCCUCGAGCAGGUCGACCGCAUGAUGGAGGAGUGUGGCUCGCCCCGCAGGUCCGCCGGCUGGCAGCCCAGCACCACCUUUGUCGAGCGCCGCGAGUCGACCUCCCCCGAGAAGGUCGGCAAGAUUGGCCACCAGGAGGAGCUUGCCACCGACGCUGCCGCCGCCGUCUAA